UAGAGGGCCUCCAAUUUCCCUCGUGCUACCUCUAACCAAAGAGACCCUCAUUUUGUUCGACGCAGAACCAAACAAGCCGGGACUGGACGCGGCUCCGGCGUGGCAUCGCUGGACCUUCUUGCUCACCAAGAAGCCCAACCCGGCCUCCAUCAAAGCCCACAACCGUCGUAGUCGCUACUUCCCCUCCGAUCGUCGACGACGACGCAUCCACCCGAGCCCUUCUCCGCGAAAUAGCCGUCGCCGCACUGCCGCAGCUCCGGCUAUGUCAAUCUUCGAGUACAAUGGGUCCGCCGUGGUGGCGAUGGUGGGGAAGAACUGCUUCGCGAUUGCCAGCGACCGGCGGCUCGGCGUGCAGCUUCAGACCAUCGCGACAGACUUCCAGAGGGUGUUCAAGAUCCACGACAAGCUCUACAUCGGCCUCUCAGGGCUCGCCACCGACGCCCAGACGCUGUACCAGCGGUUGGUCUUCAGGCACAAGCUGUAUCAGCUGCGCGAGGAGAGGGACAUGAAGCCUGAGACCUUUGCCAGCCUUGUCUCUGCGCUCCUCUACGAGAAGAGAUUUGGGCCAUAUUUCUGCCAGCCAGUCAUUGCUGGACUUGGAGAUGACAACGUACCAUUCAUUUGUACCAUGGACUGCCUCGGUGCAAAGGAGCUGGCCAAGGAUUUUGUUGUUUCUGGAACAGCAUCAGAAUCUUUGUAUGGUGCUUGUGAAUCCAUGUACAAGCCGGACAUGCAACCUGAUGAACUCUUCGAGACUAUAUCCCAAGCCCUGAAUUCAUCAGUAGACCGUGACUGCCUUAGCGGAUGGGGUGGCUAUGUGUUGAUUGUGACACCGACUGAAGUGAGGGAGCAUGUGAUUAAGAGCAGGAUGGACUAAAUAAUGGCCACUAGAAUUAUUAGCUGGUUUCCAAUGCUUAAGACCAAUGUUGUGUUUGUAUUCUGGAGUAACAUUGUAUCAUCACAGUUGGUAUGAGAAGGAACGUUUGUUUUCUUUAUCUCUGUUUUACAACACUUCUGUUUGGUGGAAUACUGAGUUGGUAAUAUCCUAGAUUGCCUGUUUUACAACACUUCUGCUUGGAUUUCAACUGAAUGGUGGAAUAAUGAGUUGGUAAUAUUCUAGAUUGA